AUGUACCUGGUCACUUUCUUUGGAAACUUGCUCAUCAUCCUGGCCAUCUUCUCUGACUCCCACCUCCACACACCUAUGUACUUCUUCCUCUCUAAUCUGUCUUUUACAGAUACAUGUUUUAUCUCCAACACUAUCCCAAAGAUGCUGUUGAACAUCCAGACAAAGAGUAAAAUCAUAUCCUAUGAAAACUGCCUCACCCAGAUGUACUUUUUCAUUCUUUUUGGAGAAGUAGACAACUUUCUCUUGACUGUGAUGGCCUAUGACCGCUUCGUGGCCAUCUGUCACCCCCUGCACUACAUGGUCAUUAUGAACCCCCGGCUCUGUGUUCUUUUGCUGCUGGCUUCCUGGUUAUUGAUGUCCCUGUUUUAUGGUACAGGUCUUGGAGUGUAUCUUAGUUCUGCUGCUACUCAAAACUCAAGGACAAGUGCAAUAGUUUCAGUGACAUACACAGUUGUCAUUCCCAUGCUGAACCCCUUUAUCUACAGUCUUCGAAACAAGGACAUAAAACAUGCUUUAGAAAAACUCCUCAAUAGAGACAGCUACAGUGGCUUCCACUAG